UAAAAAUUCUCCAGUAAAAAUUGUAAAAUAAAUUAAGGAUUUAAAUCUUAGAGAUACAAAGUAAAAUUUAAUAAUUCCACUUUUAACCUUAAUAUAAGUGAUGUGUUCACCAUGUGGUUUUUGUCCAACGUGCCCCGCCAUCAUCCCGUGCGGCACGGGUUGCUGCCGCUACUCGUGCCCGCCGCCGCCGCCAUGCUGCCAAGCGGUGUGUCCACCGCCCGCCUGCUGUACGCCCUGCCCGCCGUGCCGCUGCCGCCCAGUAUACCGCCCCUGUCCAGCUCCCGUGCUACCUGACAUUGUACCGCCUAUCGUACCGGAGUUGCCGCUAUGCAAACCCCGAAGGAUACCACACUGCGAGCCGCCUCCGUACCCGCCACCGAGACCGGUCUGCUGCCCCCCCGUACUGCCCUGCUGCCCGCCGCCGGAACCCUGUGACCCACCACCGGUGCGACCUUGUCCAGAGCCUGUGCCUUGCUACCAGCCGGUGCUACCUUGUUUCAAUCCGCAAUGUCCGUCGCCUAUAAUACCAAAGCAGCGCCCAAUUUGCCCGCGAGCUCCGCCGUGCAAGUACCCGUGCUUGCCCGUAUGUCGUAGCAGCUGCCCUACUUGUGAACUGGAUCCGGUGACGCGACGUCGACCGCUUAUAGUACACGACAGCGUAUUCCAAUGUCGUCCGUCUGGUCUUCCUGCAGAAUGCUUCACACGACGUAACCCGAAUGUCCGAUACACGGUGGCAAAUUAUGUCAGACAGGGACCAUAUGCAGGCUGUGCCUAUUCAGUGCCUGUGCCGUUGAGGUAGCGUCGGGUGAUAUAGUUUUCGAGUUGUGUGCUGUUUUCUGUGUCGUGCAAUGUCAAUGUUUAAUAAAGUAACUGUUUGUCUUUUUAA